CCCCUGCCAUUCCCCCAAAGUUUCUGGGCUGGGUGGUAAUUUCCUUCUGCAACAAGAAAGUCUCGGAAAAACCUCAGGGGCUGCUUUUCCCUCCCCGAUUUCAAACGCUUCCGAUUCUACUCUCACUCACUGACACAAAACAAAGCGCACAAACAAGGCUAAUUCUCAUUCCUUUGUAGAGAAAAGUGGGCAUUUUUUGUUCUUUGAAGAUUGUGUAGUAGGGUUAAGGGCGCGAAAUUUGAUCUCAAGAGGCGGAAAGGAAGAAGGGUUGUAGAAGAAGAUGAUCAACUAUUUCAGAGGGAAGGGAAAUUCCGUUGAUGUUUCCUCUCCGCAGUCUGCUUCCCCCUCUCUUGCGCCUUCGUCGUCUUCCUUGUCGUCGACGGGGACUGGUCCCGCAAGGCCAAUUCGUCUUGUUUACUGCGAUGAGAAAGGAAAGUUUCGGAUGGAUCCUGAAGCUGUCGCUACCCUACAACUUGUAAAAGAGCCUAUUGGUGUCGUCUCCGUUUGUGGCCGUGCUCGUCAGGGCAAGAGCUUCAUUUUAAAUCAACUUCUUGGGAGGAGUAGUGGGUUUCAAGUAGCAUCUACCCAUCGGCCUUGUACUAAAGGGCUAUGGCUCUGGAGUACACCCUUGAAAAGAACUGCCCUUGAUGGAACUGAGUACAAUCUCUUACUAUUAGAUAGUGAAGGAAUUGAUGCUUAUGAUCAAACGGGAACAUACAGCACCCAGAUUUUUUCUCUAGCUGUUCUCUUAUCUAGCAUGUUUGUCUAUAAUCAGAUGGGUGGAAUAGAUGAAGCUGCACUUGACCGUUUAUCUCUUGUCACUCAAAUGACUAAACAUAUUCGUGUUAGGGCUGCUGGGGGCAGAACUACAUCUGCUGAACUUGGUCAAUUCUCUCCAAUCUUUGUUUGGCUUCUAAGGGACUUCUAUUUGGAUCUAGUUGAGGAUAAUAGGAGAAUAACACCUCGGGACUAUCUAGAGCUUGCUUUGAGGCCGGUUCAAGGUAGUGGAAGAGACAUAGCUGCUAAGAAUGAGAUUCGUGAUUCCAUUAGAGCUCUGUUUCCUGAUAGAGAUUGCUUUACUCUUGUGCGUCCUCUACAUAAUGAAAAUGAUCUCCAAAGACUUGAUCAAAUAUCUUUGGAUAAACUAAGGCCUGAAUUUAGGUCUGGACUUGAUGCAUUUACAAAAUUUGUUUUUGAGAGGACAAGGCCUAAGCAAGUUGGAGCAACUGUUAUGACAGGUCCAGUUUUGGUAGGUAUUACAGAGUCUUACCUUGAUGCUCUAAACCAUGGUGCAGUGCCUACGAUAACCUCCUCUUGGCAGAGUGUUGAAGAAGCGGAGUGUAGAAGGGCGUAUGAUCAUGCUGCUGAAGUGUAUAUGUCUACUUUUGAUCGAUCAAAGCCACCAGAAGAAGCAGCAUUGAGGGAAGCACAUGAAACUGCCAUUCAAAAUUCACUUGCUGCAUUUAAUUCGAGUGCUGUAGGUGCUGGUCCAGUGAGGAAAAAACACGAGGCAUUACUUGAGAAAUUUUAUAGAAAAGCAUUUGAGGAUUACAAAAGAAAUGCAUACACAGAAGCAGACUUGCAAUGCACGAAUGCUAUACAAAGCAUGGAAAAAAGGUUAAGAGCAGCUUGCCAUGCUUCUGAUGCAAAUAUCAAUAAUGUUAUGAAGGUUCUUGGUGCUCUUCUGUCUGAAUACGAAGCAUCAUCCCACGGUCCUGGAAAGUGGCAGAAGCUGGUGACAUUCUUACACCAGAGUUUGGAUGGUCCAGUACAUGACCUUAUAAAAAGACUUAUAGAUCAAGUUGGAUCAGAGAAGAAUUCCCUCGCUUUGAAGUGUCGCUCAAUUGAAGACCAGCUGAAUUUGCUUAAGAAGCAGCUGGAAGCCAGCGAGACGUACAAGUCUGAAUAUCUGAAGCGAUAUGAGGAUGCCAUCAAUGAUAAGAAAAAGCUUGCUGAUGACUACAUGAACCGCAUAACUAAUCUACAGGGUAAUUGCAGUUCUCUUGAUGAGAGAUGCUCUAGCCUGAAGAAAACAUUGGACCAAGCCAAGCAAGAAUCAUUAGAUUGGAAAAGAAAAUAUGAAACCGUCUUGUCAAAGUUGAAAGCUGAGGAAGAUCAAGCUAAUUCAGAAAUUGCCGUUCUGAAGUCCAGGAGCAGUGCUGCUGAAGCAAGGCUGGCGGCUGCUCGGGAACAAUCUCAGUCUGCACAAGAAGAGGCAGAAGAGUGGAAGAGGAAAUUUGACAUUGCUUUAAGAGAUACUAAAGCUGCUCUUGAAAAAGCUGCUGUUGCAGAAGAACGAACAAAUAAGCAAACAAGGCGUAGGGAAGAUGCUUUGAGGAAAGAAUUUUCCAGUACUUUGGCUGAAAAGGAAGAUGAAUUGAAGGACAAGGCAACAAAAAUUAAGCAAGCCGAGCAGCAUUUGACAACUUUAAGGCUUGAGCUGAAGGCUGCCGAGUCAAAAAUUGGGAGUUAUGAUGUGGAAGUAUCUUCUUUGAGGCAUGAAAUAAAAGAGCUGAAGGAGAGGUUGGAAACCGUGAAUGCAAGGGCUCAAUCAUUUGAGAAAGAAGCAAGGAUCUUGCAACAAGAAAAGAUCCAUUUGGAUCAGAAGUACCUAUCUGAAUUCCAAAGGUUUGAUGAAGUUCAGGAAAGGUGUAGACUUGCUGAACAUGACGCUAAGAAGGCUACUGAAAUUGCUGAUAAAGCAAGAAAUGAAGCUAGUGCUGCUCAAGAAGGAAAGAAUGAGAUGCAGAGGUUGGCAAUGGAGCGGUUGGCGCAAAUAGAGAGGGCUGAAAUGCAAAUUGAAAAUCUGGAAAGGCAGAAGAAAGAUUUGGUGGAAGAUUUGCAACAAAUUCGGGAGUCAGAGGUGGAAGCUUUGUUAAGAGUUGCGUCAUUGGAAGCAAGAGUUGAAGAAAGGGAAAAAGAAAUAGAGUCUCUAUUGAAGUCGAACAAUGAGCAGCGUACUAGCACUGUUCAAGUUCUUCAGGGUCUUCUGGAUUCAGAACGUUCUGCACAUGCAGAGGCCAACAAUAGGGCUGAGGCUCUCUCUUUUCAGUUGCAAUCUGCUCAUGCAAAAAUUGAUCUACUCCAACAAGAAUUGACUAAAGUCCGUUUGAACGAGACAGCUUUGGAUAGUAAGCUGAAGACUGCUUCUCAUGGGAAACGUACAAGGGCAGAUGAUGGUGAGAUGGGCAUGGAUUCCGUUCAAGACAUGGACACAAGUGAGAGAAUUUUAAGAGUGAACAAAAGAUCUAGAAGCACAAAUAGUCCCAUGAAGUACAUUCAGCCAGAGGAUGGUGGAUCAAUUUUCAAGGGCGAUGAGGAUAAUCAUAGCCAACAAACCAAUCAGGAGGAUUAUACCAAGUUCACUGUUCAGAAGCUUAAGCAAGAACUCACAAAACAUAACUUCGGUGCCGAACUGCUUCAGUUGAAGAAUCCCAACAAAAAAGACAUUCUUUCGCUCUAUGAGAAAUGUGUACUCAAACUAUGAUAACUAGAUUUGUUUUUAGGAUUUGUAUAGGUUGAUGAAUGUAAUCUACAUGGAGAUGAAAUUGUCGAUCCAUCUAUAGGGCUAGAAACGUUUUCAAGUCAGUUUAUGGAUUUUGGCGCCGAGUUUUUUCACUAUCUGAUUUCUAGAAUGUGUUGUUGUGUAUUCUGUGUUUGACCUUUUGUGAGUCUCAGUCAGUGUUUCAAGAAAAAGAAAUUGUGGGUCAUAUUUAUAAGUAGUAUGCAUUUGUUACUAGGAAACAAAAGACGUAUCUGACUUGACGGCCAAGGAUGGCUUCAGCUUUGGGUUCACUUG